AUGAGAUCAAAAGCGAGGGAGAUGCACCGUCAAUUACAAGCACUUGGACAAGUCUAACUUUUUUUUUUUCUUUUACAAAUACGCUUUCAAAAGCAAUCUCAGCAACGCCCAAAUAAGAAGCCACCUCUAAGCAAAAUAGUAUAUCUAUAGGGAGGACGAAUAUAUAUAUCAUAAGUAUCUAUAUAUAAAGACAUUACAGGAGCACAGGUUUACACAAAGUGAACUUUUUCUUCUUUUUUUCUUUUUUUUAAACUACUGACACUGCACAGAAGGACUCUUCCUAUCUUUUGGCGAGUUAGCGAAGGGGGAGUUCUGUUUUCUUAGAGCGCCCAAGGGGGCGCAGGGACCUCGGAGAGAAGACUGGGGAGGGGCGCGGCAGGGUGGGUGAGGGGCAGAGGGCGAGUCGGCCGCCAGGGUUGGCGCUUGCUGGCGGCAGGAUGCCGUCUCUGCUGGGGCUCACUUUCUCCGCGUGCGCCCUGCUCGGCUGGGCGGUGCUGGCCGGUGGCACGAGUGGCGGUGACGGCCGCGGAGCGAGCCCAGGCGCCGGGCGCCGGGAGGCAGAGGCACUGCCGCCGCAGAAGAUCGAGGUGCUGGUGCUGCUGCCCCAGGACGACUCGUACCUGUUCUCUCUGGCCCGGGUGCGGCCGGCCAUCGAGUACGCGCUGCGCAGCGUGGAGGGCAACGGGACCGGGCGGCGACUGCUGCCGCCCGGCACCCGCUUCCAGGUGGCCUACGAGGACUCGGACUGCGGCAACCGUGCGCUCUUCAGCCUGGUAGACCGGGUGGCGGCGGCGCGGGGCGCCAAGCCGGACCUCAUCUUGGGGCCGGUGUGCGAGUACGCGGCUGCGCCUGUGGCACGGUUGGCGUCGCACUGGGAUCUGCCCAUGCUGUCGGCCGGGGCACUGGCCGCCGGCUUCCAGCAGAAGGACACCGAGUACUCGCACCUCACGCGCGUGGCUCCUGCUUACGCCAAGAUGGGCGAGAUGAUGCUUGCCCUGUUCCGCCACCACCAGUGGAGCCGCGCCGCUCUGGUCUACAGCGACGACAAGCUGGAGCGGAACUGCUACUUCACCCUGGAGGGGGUCCACGAGGUCUUCCAGGAGGAGGGCUUACACACGUCCGCCUACAGUUUCGAUGAGGCCAAAGACUUGGACUUGGACGACAUCGUACGCUACAUCCAGUCCAGCGAGCGAGUCGUGAUCAUGUGUGCGAGCAGCAACACCAUCCGCAGCAUCAUGCUGGCUGCGCACAGGCACGGCCUGACCAGCGGAGACUACGCCUUCUUCAACAUUGAGCUCUUCAACAGUUCUUCCUAUGGAGAUGGCUCGUGGAAGCGAGGAGACAAACAUGACUUUGAAGCUAAGCAGGCGUACUCAUCCCUCCAAACAGUCACUCUACUGAGGACAGUGAAACCUGAGUUUGAGAAGUUUUCCGUGGAGGUGAAAAGUUCUGUUGAGAAACAAGGGCUUAAUGAGGAGGAUUACGUUAACAUGUUUGUUGAAGGAUUCCAUGAUGCUAUCCUCCUCUAUGUCCUGGCCUUACAUGAAGUGCUCAGAGCUGGUUACAGCAAGAAGGAUGGAGGGAAAAUAAUCCAGCAGACGUGGAACAGAACCUUUGAAGGUAUUGCUGGUCAGGUGUCCAUUGAUGCCAAUGGAGACCGGUAUGGGGACUUCUCUGUGAUUGCCAUGACUGAUGCGGAGAUGGGCACCCAGGAGGUUAUUGGUGAUUACUUUGGGAAAGAAGGUCGUUUUGAAAUGCGGCCAAAUGUCAAGUAUCCGUGGGGACCUUUAAAGCUGAGAAUAGAUGGAACCAGAAUUGCCGAGCACUCAAACACUUCUCCUUGCAAAUCAUCAGGUGGCCUAGAAGAAUCUGCAGUGACUGGCAUUGUUGUGGGGGCCUUAUUAGGAGCCGGUUUGCUAAUGGCCUUCUACUUUUUCAGGAAAAAAUACAGAAUCACCAUUGAGAGGCGAAACCAGCAAGAAGAAAGUAACAUUGGAAAACAUCGAGAGCUGCGGGAAGACUCCAUCAGGUCCCAUUUCUCGGUGGCUUAAAGGAAGCCUUUUUUUUUUUUUUUUUUUUCCCUGCUAGAGAUUCUUUAAGGAGAUAAAUGGGAUGAAAGACAUCAAUGGGACAGAAGAGGCGCUCUUGAAGAACUCAUUCUUUUAUGCAGUUAUGCAGUUAGUCAUUUUAAGAUUUCUUUAGAAGCUCAGGAACAAUUAAUAAUCACCAUAUGCCUCACGGCCUUUCAUCUCAUGACAAACAAAUAUAAGGAUAUAAUGUCACUCUGUUAGAUGUUCAUACUGUUUCAAGGGUAUAUAACUAGGUUUAAGUUUUUAAAAUCUGAUAUCUCCACAUAUCUUGAUGGCUUUCAGGGGCA